GAGUUGUUCUCCAACAUCAUCUGGUACACGGCGUAACUAUGAAAAACAAAGGCGGUUUCUUAAUUUCAAUCUUACCAUUCCUAAUAACUGAUAAUAAUGUAAUGGUUUAGUUCAUAGGUAGUUUCUCACACUUUGGCAUAGAAUAGCUUCCUGCUUCUAUGUGAGUUCUGUUAAACAUUUUAGUUUUCGACUUCAUCGCUUGAGUGUUUCUGUAUUAAACAAACAUUUCUGUUGUAUUAGGCAACUGUUUAGGAGACUGAUUCUGUAUUUUUAUUUAACAUUUGUACUCUACCUUAAAGCUUUUGGUAAAGAAAUUCCCAACCUUGAAGCUUCCGAUUCAACAGUCUCUGGACCAACAAAAUGGACCAGAGACUUCUUGUGAACGCCAUCACAAAAGAAACUAUAGGCUGGAAUUGUAAGGCCCAAGUAGUAGACAGGUUUUGGCCUCGCCAGAGCAAAGACUCCUUCGUCCACUUCCAAACAAUACUCGUGCAAGAUGAAAGCCGAUACAGUUGCUUCCGUUAUAUCCCUUGCCUGCUAUACCUUCAUCUCGUGAACUCUUCUCUUCCCUUAUCAAGUAUAUCCGCAUUUGGUCAAAUAUUUCUUCCCAUUCUCAGGAACAGUAGGUUUCCAUAGUACCAUACGGUGAUGACAUUCCCAAAUACGAGAAACUGUUUGUUCUUUUUCAAACAUAUUUGGUUUCUUCGAUGAAAGUUAGGGAUCCCCGUGGUUAUUCAAUACGAGCCGCUACGUACGAAUGGGUGGAUACACAAUUAUUCAAUACGAGCCCAUUACCAGCAUUGGAAGAACCUCUGCCUGCUCCAACAAAACUGGAUGCACUUCCAUUCUUGCAUAUUGAACACCAACAUCCAGGUGUUGAAUUUGAUUUACUGGCGGUGGUGGUUAAUUGCAGUGACAUACAAUAUACAGCUAACCAAAAAAAAUAUCUCAGGAAAGCGAAUGUGAUGGGCCAGAGGAAAGUUACUCGUGAUGGGCCAGAGGAAAGUUACUCGACUCCUUACAUAGAGUUCACCAAAUCUCCUGGUUACUUGAUGAAACAUACUUGCAUUGCAGUAAUAAAUGCAUCUGCUAUAUCGAACAACAAUAAACCUUUUCUAUUUACUAUAUGGGACGAUCUAGCAGACAAUGAAGGAGCGGCAUUAUUACACCACCUGCAUGAAUACCCUGUCAUUCAUGCCAAACAUAUAGGUGUUACUGAAUUUCGCUGUAGUAUGUCAUUUGCCGUACUCUCGGUAACUCUUCUUUGUUAAUUCUUCCUUCUGUCUAUUCAACUAAAGGGGCUUCCCCUCUUUUACGCACACAGCUCUAAGAUUGACAACAAGAUAUCAAACAACAAUUUUAAUAAAUCCUCAGUACGUGCAAGCUACUACAUUGAUGAACUGGUAUUCGUUAGCUUACUCCCCUUUAAUAGCACUAUAUAAAAAUAUUUUUGUUUACUUAACAUUUUCAGGGUGAGGCACAAUGAACAAAUGUUACUAUCUUACACUCCAAAAAGUUUAUCAUUAUCACCUUCCUCGCUGAAUCUGGCGCCUUUUGAAGAUCAAGUGUUAUCUAUAUCAGCCAUUACAGAGUUGUUAUCUACGGUUCAAACUUUCCCCGUGGAAGGCAGAAUAUCACUUCCGAACCACCCUCAAUCAUUUUACUUGCUCGCUUUCUCAACCUGCAGUCACUAUGUAUGUCCCAAGACUAUAAAAACAGUUCAGUGCUUCAACUGUAACCUACGUCGGGUAUUGGUCCCCAGGUGCCACUUCGACCUUGACAUCAAGGAUGCAACUGGCACAAUUACAGCAACCAUCUCUGAAGCGUUGGGAGAAAGAUUAUUGUCCCUAACUGCUGAACAAAUAUAUGAAUCUGCUGCAGUUCAGUUAGGAAAGCCAGUUUUCAAAUUUCCAGACCAAAAACCUAGUAUGCUGGGUCUUGCGUCCUUCAAUGAAGUAGAAAGCUCAGUCCACGCAACAUCACCGUUACCCACGACUUCAACAGAGACAGGUAAGAAGCAGAGAAUUAAACCACCCACACCAGCAAAAAAGAAUUAGAGGUAACUGCACUUUUAAUAUUUUAGUUGCUACAUUAUAGAGCUUAGUAAUUCUGAACCAAACGGUAAAAGAAAGCGUGCGUCUGCUGUUUUCAAUAUUCGUGGAAGUUUUCUCUUUGAUAAAAAAACUGUAAUAUUUUUAUAUAUAAAAUUUGGCAUAGCGAGAGUGAUAGAGAUUAGAAAGAGAGGAUUUGAAGCUGCAACAGAAAACGUGCGUCCGCUAAUCUUAAUAUUCAUGGAAGUCUUCUCCUUGAUUAAAAAAACUUUAGUAUUUUUAUAUAUAAAAUUUGGCAUAGCAAGAGUGAUAGAGAUUAGAAAGAGACGAUUUGAAGCUGCUAAUAGUCCAGCAUAUCUAUGUUUGAGAAUGUUGGAGUCAAGGACUCUAAAAUCAGAGAGGUAAGUUGAAUGGCAUUACAUCAUGAGCAAUCUGUGGUAUAAACUACUUGAUCUCCGCACUCUACCAGUUUCCCUGCUUACCUUAUGCAAGUCCAAUAAUGAAAUAGUCAGUUCUGUGUAAUACAUAACUUGAAAGUGCUUGAAAGAAAUUGUCUAAACCAAAAUUUUCCGUCUCAAUUAGUUUAAACAAUCUUUUAUGGGAAUACAAGGGCAACUUUCCCAAAAGAGGUCGGCGCUAUUAGGACAUGCCUCUUAUCUUGUUACUACUGCUAAUUCCUUUUCCUGAAUAACUUCCGUUAAUGGAUUUUAUCGAGCACAACACUAGCCCUUAGUUUGUCUUUUUUCCUUUUGUCAAUGUAUAUGUUCGCAUAACUUUCAGUGGCAUGGAAUUGUUCAUAUUUUCAACUAUUUGUCCACGACUUAUUUGUUGAGGCUUAUCGGAAAAACACAAACCUGAUUUAAUGUAAUUGAACUAAUCUGGAUAAUGGUCAGUAAAAAAAUCCUCCUCUUAAGUUAUUACAAUUUCAUUCAUAAUGUUACCGUUUCAUAUUUGGAUGCAAUAUGGGCCUCAAAUUUACUGCUUACUGUACCAAAUAACCAUGUCUAAACCUCUUACA